UUCGUACCUACAGCUCAUAUAAGUAACACGUGUUUAAUAUAUUUAUUGGUAUUUUAAAUGAAAAGUAUCGGUAAUUAAUUUAACUGUGUUUAUACAGGGUUUACCGUAAAUUGAACGAUAUAUUGUACAGGGCAAAGUCUGAUGAUCGGACUAGUUUCAUCAUGUUCAUGAGAUUCUCUACAUUUGUGAUAGCACUAAGUGCGAGCAUCCUUCACGUCAGUGCUAAUGACAAAUUUAACACCAUCUAUUCGUUAAGAAGAGGUAAUAAUGUGACACAGGAGACCCCCUUGACAUGUGACGAGGUGGAGGGGUCCGUGCCGGACUGCAGCGAGUGUUACUCGUGCGACGACCCCGUCAUUGCGGGGCAGAAGCAGAUCAACGUCUUGAGGCUCGAGUUAAACGACGCAAACUGCAAGAGUGAGGAAAUUUGCUGCGUGUCACAGAAUCUGAUGAAUUUUAGGGGUAAGAAACCCGACAAUAUCGAAUGUGGCAAGCACGUUCCAGAAGGCAACCCCCGCGCGAUCCGGUCAACCCUCCGCUCCGUGUUGCGGGGAGAGUACCCCUGGCGGGCGUGGAUCUACCGGACCUAUGAAUCCAAGCCGCUGUGCGCCGCUACGUUCGUGAACCAGCCAAGACGGACCCUGGUGACCGCCGCGUCCUGCGUGGACGGCUUCAGGGCUCAUCAGCUCCAGGUCCUGUUCGACAGCGACCCUGACAGCGCUGUAGAUGUUGAGCAUCUUGACAUCCACGAAAAUUAUGACAAAGUCACCCACGAGAACGACAUCGCAGUGCUGGGUGUGGCGUCAGUGCCGGCGGACGCGCAGCGCGCCUGUCUGCCCGUCCACCCCGCGCCACACGGCACCGCCUGCGUCGCCGUCGCCAGCAACGGCUUCUUCAUCAAUCAAGCGAUACCGCUCCAAGACAACUGCGCUGAAGACAACAAGACUCUACACAGCUCGCUCAUGUGCGCCUCUAACUACUACAAAGACUAUACGCCAGAGCUGGGUGCUGGCCUCUACUGUAUGGACGAGGAACCUGACAACAUCCUGUAUAAUCUCGUGGGGGUGUAUCUCUACAGCGCGCUGGAGGGGGUGGCGGCGAUCAACACUAACAUAACUCAUCACAUCAGCUGGAUCAACGCGCGCGCGAACGAGCACAUGCAACUACAGUAGUGCCGUCCUUUGUAGCUUUUUUUGGGUUCCGCAAUCAACAAAGAGCCCUAUAAGUGUCGACAAAUACGAAUAUGUGCAUAUUAAAAAUCUAUAUAUAUAAAAGAAAGUCGUGUUAGUUACUCCACUUAUAACUCAAGAACGCCUGAACCGAUUUAGCUAAAAAUUGGCAGGGAGGUAGUUUAGAGCCAGGAGAAGGACAUAGGAUACUUUUUAUAUAUAUAAAAAAAUUAAAAUAAAAGUCAGGUAUUCCUUCCUGACGCUAUAACUCCAGAACGCACGAACCGAUUUAGCUGAAAAUUGGCAAGGAGGUAGUUUAGAGCCAGGAGAAGGAUAUACAUUUUACUUUUUUUUUAUACUUUUUGGGUAGGGUAGGGUAGGGGUAGGGUAGAGGUAGUUGAAAGUUUACAUCGAGUUUCACGCGGACGAAGUCGCGGGCUUCCGCUAGUAUUAAAUAAAAAUGUAUUUCGAUUUAAUAUUUUUUUUUUCUAUUAUUGAUUUUAAUACAUUUUGCUAUAUGUUUUGUAAAUAAUAAAAUACAUUACAGCCAAGUCAAACUACUCGUGGUGCGAUACCAGAAAUAUAAGGGUUUUAUUUUGUAACUUUGGUAUUUGUUACCCUCACAUUACAUUAUGUUACGCAGAAAUCGUUAGAUUUUCGAAAAACACACCUUUUAGCUAUCAGCUCACCUACAUAUCACUGAAUACUGUCGACACUCAAAAUAAAAAUUUCGCUAGCAAUAUUUGUGGACGCAGACCUUUAAAACGGCUCGACUUAUUUAUUAUUUUUUCUUUGUAUCUAAGGUACCUAUCUC